AUGCUAGAUCCUAAAAUAAAGGAAGAAUUUGAUGAAAACAUUUUUACUUUAAGUAAAGGGCCUAAUCAAGAUUCUUUGGAGACAUUUCUAGAUCUUGCAUAUCAAUGUUUGGCAGAAUCUCAAGCACAACGUCCAAAUAUUGGAAUUGUUGUCGAGAAAAUCAAGAAUGCAUUACAACUUCAAAAAAACCACAAGGAUAACCUCCAAAUUUCACUUGAAGACAUUAAAUUGGCCACAAAUGACUUCAGUAAUAACAAUCACAUUGGAAGAGGAGGAUUCGGGAGGGAUGAUUAUGCAAUAUGGACACCCAAAUUGCCUCAUGACUAUGAAGAAAUAUUCAAGAUGUCAAAAGAAUCUAAGAAAUACUUGAGUAAAAAGAAAAAGGACCUUCACGACAUGCUUUCCGAAGGAAUCCUCCUUCAAAAAGGCAAAGUGUUGUUUUCACUAGGCGAUAAUGACGAAAUGAAAUGA